AUGGCUUCUGACAAUUUGACACUUCUUUUGGUCGGUUCUGGCGGUCGUGAACAUGCUAUCGCAUGGAAACUCGCUCAGUCAAAGAAGGUACAGCAAAUUUAUGUUGCGCCAGGUAACGGAGGUACUUCAAACAACAAUAAAGUGACAAAUGUACCUAUUGGUGUUGGCGAGUUUGAAAAGCUGAUCGAAUUUGCUAUUCAGCAUGAGGUUGAUAUGGUUAUUCCAGGUCCUGAGCAACCCAUAGUAGAUGGUAUUCAAGCUGUUUUCAGAAAGGUGGGCAUUCCUUGUUUUGGUCCUUCACCUAAGGCUGCUCAAAUGGAAGGUUCCAAGGCAUUCUCGAAGGACUUCAUGAAGAGACACAAUAUACCUACAGCAGCAUAUGAGAACUUUACUGAUUAUGAAAAGGCUAAAGCUUACAUUGAAUCUAUUGAUCAUAAAAUUGUGCUGAAGGCAUCUGGAUUAGCUGCUGGAAAAGGUGUUUUGAUGCCUGAGAACAAAGAAGAGGCACUUGCAGGAUUGGAAAGUAUAAUGUUGAAGAAAGAAUUUGGCGACGCAGGAAAAGAGAUUGUUAUUGAAGAAUGCUUAGAAGGUGAAGAGUUAUCAUUUUUAACUUUUUCUGAUGGAUACACUGUCGCUUCUUUACCGCCGGCUCAAGAUCAUAAGCGUGCUUUGGAUGGUGAUCUGGGUCCAAAUACGGGUGGUAUGGGCUGUUAUGCACCCACACCAAUUGGAACACCUUCACUUAUAGAACAAGUGCAGCGUACAAUUUUGCAGCCUACCAUUGAUGGCAUGCGUCGCGAUGGCUUCCCUUUCGUAGGCAUGUUAUUCACAGGCAUCAUGCUGACCGCUUCGGGCCCUAAGGUUCUUGAAUUCAAUGUUCGUUUUGGGGAUCCUGAGACUGAAGUUGUUUUACCACUUCUGAGCGACGAUACCGAUUUAGCUGAAAUUAUGUUGGCGUGUGUUGAAGGCCGACUUGAUGCUGUUUCAAUUCAAACAAAGAAUGCGUUUGCAGCAACUGUUAUCAUUGCAUCUGGUGGAUACCCAGGCGCUUAUACUAAAAAGAAAGCUAUUGCUAUCCCUGAAAACACAGAAGGCUCCAUAGUCUUUCAUGCUGGUACUGCAGUCCAAGAUGGUCAAUUAGUAACUGACGGAGGGCGUGUACUAGCAGUUUCUGCCGUUGCUCCAACAUUGCGUGAGGCUGUUGAUAAAGCCUAUGCAGGCGUAAAAUCCAUUGAUUUUGACCAGAUGUAUUAUCGUAACGAUAUAGCCCACAGAGCGUUUAAACAUGCCGAAGAGAGCAGUGAUAAAAAGGGAUUGUCAUAUGCAGAUGCAGGUGUUUCUAUUGAUGCCGGCAAUCUACUAGUACAAAAGAUCAAACCUUUAGUCAAAUCGACGAAGCGCGUGGGCGCUGAUUCCGAUAUUGGUGGUUUCGGCGGUCUCUUUGAUUUGAAGGCUGCAGGAUUCGUUGAUCCCAUUCUUGUUUCCGCAACUGAUGGUAUUGGUACCAAGCUUAAAAUUGCUCAGGAGUGUAAUAUUCAUAAUACGGUCGGCAUCGAUCUUGUUGCUAUGAAUGUAAAUGAUCUUAUUGUGCAAGGUGCUGAACCACUGUUUUUCCUUGAUUACUUUGCUUGCGGUAAACUAGAGGUUGAUGUUGGAAGAGAUUUUGUAGCUGGUGUAGUUGAAGGAUGUCUUCAAUCUGGAUGCGCGCUUGUAGGCGGUGAAACAGCCGAAAUGCCUGGCUUAUACGCUUUGGGUGAUUAUGACGGGGCAGGAUUCACAGUAGGAGCUGUGGAGAGAGACCAGAUAUUACCACGUCUCAAUGAAAUAAAACAGGGAGAUAUUGUGCUUGGUUUGCCGUCUUCCGGCGUGCACUCCAACGGUUUCUCACUUGUUCGUAAAAUUGUAGAAUCUCAACCUGCCUUGAAUUACAAAAGUCCUUGUCCUUGGGAUACCUCAAAGACACUAGGUGAAGGCUUAUUAGUUCCUACUCGUAUUUAUGUCAAGCAACUAUUACCUAUUGUAAGAAAAGGAUUGAUCAAGGCCAUGGCUCAUAUUACAGGUGGCGGUUUUCUUGAAAAUAUACCCCGCGUUAUGCCAAAAAAUCUUGGUGUAGUCGUUGACGCUAGAUCAUAUGAGUUACCACCCAUCUUUAAAUGGUUGAAACAAGCUGGCGGUCUCUCUUCCCAUGAGAUGUCCCGCACUUUUAAUUGUGGUGUGGGUAUGAUUUUGGUCGUGAGUCAAGAAAAUGUUGCAGAUGUCACUCAAUUAUUGCAAGAAAACCAUGAAGAAGUAAUUAAGCUUGGUUAUGUUACUGACAUUAAUGAGUUGAAUGGUAAAGAAGUUGAAGUCCGUAACAGUGAUACUUGGUAG